AUGGAGGAUCUGCAGGCUGAAGUACAGGCCCUUAAGGAGAGGGUGGAAGAGGAUGAGGCAAUGGCGGCCUUAAAGGCCCAGAACGAGACGCUGAUGGCGCAAUUGCAACUACACGGGUCCCCGUUUGCGGGGGGUUCCCCUGCUCAAACACUGGAGGAGUGCUGUAUCGAGAAGUUCCAGUGUGUGUUUGAGGGGAUUGCUAAAGCUGGAAACUCAACCCUUCUGAAUGAGAUAUACACAGAGCUCUACAUCACAGAGGGAGGGACUGCAGAGGUCAAUGAUGAACAUGAGGUCAGACGGAUUGAAACAGCAUCCAGGAAACCACACAGAGCAGAAACAAGUAUUAGACAAGAAGACCUCUUUAAAGCCUCACCUGGAAGACAUGGACCAAUCAGAAGAGUGAUGACAAAGGGAGUGGCUGGCAUUGGGAAAACAGUCUUAACACAGAAGUUCACUCUGGACUGGGCUGAAGACAAAGCCAACCAGGACAUCCUCUUCAUAUUUCCAUUGACUUUCAGAGAGCUGAAUGUGGUGAAAGGGAGAAAGUUCAGCUUGGUGGAACUUGUUCAUCACUUCUUCACUGAAACCAAAGAAGCAGGAAUCUGCAGCUUUGAAGACUUCCAGGUUGUGUUCAUCUUUGACGGUCUGGAUGAGUGUCGACUUCCUCUGGACUUCCACAACAAUAAGAUCCUGACUGAUGUUACAGAGUCCACCUCAGUGGAUGUGCUGCUGACAAACCUCAUCACGGGGAAACUGCUUCCCUCUGCUCGCCUCUGGAUAACCACACGACCUGCAGCAGCCAAUCAGAUCCCUCCUGAGUGUGUUGACAUGGUGACAGAGGUCAGAGGGUUCACUGACCCCCAGAAGGAGGAGUACUUCAGGAAGAGGUUCAGAGAUGAGGAGCAGGCCAGCAGCAUCAUCUCCCACAUCAAGACAUCACGAAGCCUCCACAUCAUGUGUCACAUCCCAGUCUUCUGCUGGAUCACUGCUACAGUUCUGGAGGAUGUGUUGGAAACCAGAGAGGGAGGAGAGCUGCCCAAGACCCUGACUGAGAUGUACAUCCACUUCCUGGUGGUUCAGGCCAAAGUCAAGAAGGUCAAGUAUGACGGAGGAGUUGAGACAGAUCCACACUGGAGUCCAGAGAGCAGGAAGAUGAUUGAGUCUCUGGGAAAACUGGCUUUUGAUCAGCUGCUGAAAGGAAACCUGAUCUUCUAUGAAUCAGACCUGACAGAGUGUGGCAUCGAUAUCACAGCAGCCUCAGUGUACUCAGGAGUGUUCACACAGAUCUUUAAAGAGGAGAGAGGCCUCUACCAGGACAAGGUGUUCUGCUUCGUCCAUCUGAGCGUUCAGGAGUUUCUGGCUGCAGUCUACAUGAUCCACUGUUACACCAACAGGAAGACGACAAAGAAGCUGCAGGACUUCCUGGGAAGAAACUACAAUAACUCACCUCUGGAUGAGUUUCUGAAGAGAGUCAUGAUUAAAUCCCUGGAGAGUAAAAAUGGUCACCUGGACCUGUUAGUUCGCUUCCUUCAUGGCCUCUCUCUGGAGUCCAACCAGAGGCUCUUAGGAGGUCUGCUGGGUCAGAGAGGUCAGACAGAGAACCAUCCAGAAAUCAUCCAGAGAACCAUCAACAACCUGAAGAAGAUGAACACUGAUAAAAUGUCUCCUGACAGAAGCAUCAACAUCUUCCACUGUCUGAUGGAGAUGAACGACCUCUCAGUUCAUCAGGAGAUCCAAGAGUUCCUGAAGUCAGAGAACAGAUCAGAGAAGUAUCUCUCUGAGAUCCACUGCUCAGCUCUGGCCUACAUGCUGCAGAUGUCAGAGAAGGUUCUGGAUGAGUUGAACCUGGAUCAGUACAAAACAUCAAAGGAGGGACGACGGAGACUGAUCCCAGCUGUGAGGAACUGCAGAACGUUUCGUUUGUUAGUUCAGCUGAAGCAGCCUCUGAGGCCUCACGUUACAAUGAUGAGAGGAUAUUGAAGGCUGUUUCUAGAGUACAGAAUAAUCCUGAAGUCAGUGAAGUGGCUCCACAUCUACAUCUAUCUAAAGCUUGUUAAGAUCAA